GCUGAGAGGCAUUCAUUAUUCACUCGUCCCGUGCAACGGAGCGACUAUACGUACAGCAAUAGAGACACUGUCUGUCUGUCUAUCUCUGUUCCUCGUGUGUUUGUGAAUUGACUCGAGAUAUUCCCACUUGGAACGCGAUUCCUACUUGGCCCUCGAACCCAGGUCGCAUCACUAGGUCCCUUGGAAUACAGUUGGAAUUAACGGACAAACCCGUACGGACGGACGGCACCAAGAGAAGCAAAGCAGGUUCCUAACAGCAACAUCCCAGAACAAAGAGAGAUGAUUUUCUCCAACAAAAACGCCACCACCAACGUCAUGCACGCUGCAAAGUUAGAAAACGUGUUGAUCCAGGUGACCAAAGCCAUCACGAAAGGUCACAUCGUCGUAGCUGAUUCCGAGUCCAGAAUGGGCUGCUGCAAGACGCCAAAGAACCGGAUCUCUGAGCGAGAACUCCACCUGAUGGCUCUCCUGCAGCAGGACUACCACUCCGACCCCUUGCCAACCUCCACCAACUACUGGCUGGCGCAGGAGGACCCCCACUUCGCCAAGCAAGCCGAGAAGGAAGCGGCCAUCCCCAGGAUGUCGAGGAAGGCGGGCGGCGGCGGUGCCGGCGGCGUCCUCAUGUCCCGCGCUGACAUCACCAGAGCCUACCAGGAGCAGCUCCAGAGGGGCGGCGCCGCAGCGUCUGGGUAUCCCGCUGGGGAAGGCGCUUUCGCCCACUACCCCAACGUCCACCUGAUGGGGUCGAAUUUGUCGCUGAAGCAGGGAAACCAGAGGAGGAUCGACAAGGCCACGAAGGAGGCGUGGCCUAGGGACGUCAUGUGAGAUGUCCCCCCGUAUCCUUCCUCGUGAAACAGAUCCUAUACACAGGCAUACAUUCCUCCCUCCUUCAAAGGCACUCCAGACGCGGUUUCAAGGUUACUGACGAUGACCCGAGCGGAUAUGACAUUCGUUCGUAUUGAUGUUCAAUGAUAGAGCAGUGGUUGUUCUUACUGGCGACGAUGCCAAUAACAUUUAUUUAUUUUAUAAUUAAUUUUUUUAAACUUGUUUCUGCAGCCUUCUGUUAUAACAAGGUUUACGAUUUAUCUGUCUUUGAGACGGAAAGACUCCCAGUACGACAGCUGGUGGCUUUUAUAAAGUCAAUGUCUUAAUUUCCUUGGGAAUGGGGUUGUGAUAUGCUAGCAGCUCUAUGAGCAAGAACCAGUGGCUGGAAUAAGGCCAGCUGAUACUAAAAUGAAAAGUGUGAUUUACUUAUUGUAUGUAUGUCAAUGUAUUUUACUUGACUUUUGAAAAAUAACAUUUUUAAAUCAAAAUACAAUAGUUGUCAGGUCAACACUUCAACAAUCUUUGAUACUUGACCCAUACGUGUAUUUAGUUUCCUGGAAAAAUAAAACAACUGUCCUUGGACCUUUGUAUUCUACCGGGAUUUACAAGUACAAACAAUGAGUGUUUGUAUUUAGAUACAAAUAUUUUCUUAAUAAAAAAAUAUGAUUGAAA